AUGCUCAAUACAGGAGGUGACUUGGAAAACCCUGGUGUUGUCGAGAAUUUUUCCAUGACUAGUUCUUCACUUUCUUCUCCAGGCAGCGUGCAUGCUGAUGGUUUCGCGUUCCGGCUUGUGAACUAUCAACCUGAGGAAGCUUAUUCUUCGAUAAACCUCAGUUCAGGGUAUGAUAACUUCAUUCAUGGGACUAAUGGAUCUCUGCUUAGCUUUGAGCAAAAUGAGAGGGCUCUGCAAAAUACUUACUUGAACUCAAUGUGGGUGGGUAAUUUGAACCAGAAUUACCAGUGGAACCAGACGAAUACAAAGAGAAGUACCGAUCCUCACCUGCUGGAAGAUUUUAACUGCUUUGAAACUGCUAGCAAUUUUAAUUCCAUGACAAGUGCUACGAAAGAAAACCAUGUAGUUGCUGAUAGUAUCCAGGAGUCAGUAUCACCAGAAGCAGCAGGCCUCAAGCGUCCCCAUACGGGAAACAGUAACCAAGCUUUGAAGAAACAACGCACUAAUGAAGCUAAGAAGGCAAAAACUAAGUCAUCAGGACCAACAAAGGACCCCCAAAGUAUUGCAGCCAAGAAUCGACGCGAGAGGAUUAGUGAGCGGUUGAAGAUACUACAGGAACUAGUACCCAAUGGUUCCAAGGUUGAUCUGGUUACCAUGCUAGAGAAAGCAAUUAGCUAUGUCAAAUUUCUUCAGCUGCAAGUGAAGGUAUUGGCAACAGAUGAAUUUUGGCCUGUUCAAGGUGGGAAAGCUCCUGAUAUUUCUCAAGUAAGAGAAGCAAUUGAUGCUAUACUCUCAUCUCAGAAAGACAGGAAUUCAAGCUCAAAGUAA